GCACCCAGCCAAUCAGAGCACUUGCGACCUGCGACCGCGCUCUCCCCCCACCCUACCUCCAAGGCGGCACGAGCCAGAAUCUUCCAGUCUCAGGCUGUUUGUCCCCCCAGAGGGGCAAUGCGACUGCGCGCCCCGUCCUGAUUGGCCGAGAAUUGCGGGCUGCGUGCGCAGGCGCCUACCUCGGUUACUUAGGGCGGGAGCCCGGCGAGGGCGCCGGUGCUUUGUGCUGUCUGAGGCCGGGAAGCCAGGCCGCGCUGCCAUGCCGAACCGCAAGGCCAGCCGGAAUGCUUACUAUUUCUUCGUGCAGGAGAAGAUCCCCGAACUACGGCGACGAGGCCUGCCUGUGGCUCGCGUUGCUGAUGCCAUCCCCUACUGCUCCGCAGACUGGGCGCUUCUGAGGGAGGAAGAAAAGGAGAAAUACGCAGAAAUGGCUCGAGAGUGGAGGGCCGCUCAGGGAAAGGACUCUGGGCCUUCAGAGAAGCAGAAACCUGUUUUCACACCACUGAGGAAGCCAGGCAUGCUUGUACCAAAGCAGAAUGUUUCACCUCCAGAUAUGUCAACUUUGUCUUUAAAAGGUGAUCAAGCUCUCCUUGGAGGCAUUUUUUAUUUUUUGAACAUUUUUAGCCAUGGCGAGCUACCUCCUCAUUGUGAACAGCGCUUCCUCCCUUGUGAAAUUGGCUGUGUUAAGUAUUCUCUCCAAGAAGGUAUUAUGGCAGAUUUCCACAGUUUUAUAAAUCCUGGUGAAAUUCCACGAGGGUUUCGAUUUCAUUGUCAGGCUGCAAGUGAUUCUAGUCACAAGAUUCCUAUUUCAAAUUUUGAACGUGGGCAUAACCAAGCAACUGUGUUACAAAACCUUUAUAGAUUUAUUCAUCCCAACCCAGGGAACUGGCCACCUAUCUACUGCAAGUCUGAUGAUAGAACAAGAGUCAACUGGUGUUUGAAGCAUAUGGCAAAGGCAUCAGAAAUCAGGCAAGAUCUACAACUUCUUACUGUAGAGGACCUUGUAGUGGGGAUCUACCAACAAAAAUUUCUCAAGGAGCCUUCUAAGACUUGGAUUCGAAGCCUCCUAGAUGUGGCCAUGUGGGAUUAUUCUAGCAACACAAGGUGCAAGUGGCAUGAAGAAAAUGAUACUCUCUUCUGUGCUUUAGCUGUUUGCAAGAAGAUUGCGUACUGCAUCAGUAAUUCUCUGGCCACUCUCUUUGGAAUCCAGCUCACAGAGGCUCAUGUACCACUACAAGAUUAUGAGGCCAGCAAUAGUGUGACGCCCAAAAUGGUUGUAUUGGAUGCAGGGCGUUACCAGAAGCUGAGGGUCGGGAGUUCAGGAUUCUCUCAUUUCAACUCUGCUAAUCAGGAACAAAGAUCAAACACACCCAUUGGUGACUACCCAUCUAGGGCGAAAAUUUCUGGCCAAAACAGCAGUGUUCGGGGAAGAGGGAUUACCCGCUUACUAGAGAGCAUCUCCAAUUCCUCCAGCAAUAGCCACAAAUUCUCCAACUGUGAUACUUCACUCUCAUCUUACAUGUCCCAAAAAGAUGGAUACAAAUCCUUCUCUUCCUUAUCUUAAUGAUGGUACUCUUUUCAAUUUCUGAAAACAAUAACAGGCCCAAGUUCCUUCUUACUACAGUCAUAUUAAACAGAUCACAUCAAUGAUAAAUGUCACUACUAUAAAAACUACUUAAUUUGUAAGGAAAUUGUUUCAUAGAUUUAAAAAAAUUGUGGUUGGAGAGCAUCUUGGCAUUUGUACUUUUUUUCUUGAGGGAUUGUUCUGCUUCCUGGCUGUAUGAUGGGUAUAUCAUUAAAGUUUUGAGUCCUAUACGAACAAAACUGACAUUUUUAGAGUUGUACUUUUGGGAAUGUUAUAGAUUGAUAAUUAUUUCCCCUGAUAAUAAAGGUAUUGAAUGUCUGUUAUGAAAGGUUCUAAAA